AGAUGAGAUAUCGGUACCGUACGGUAGGCGGCGGAUUGAGACUAAAGAAAAUUGUGUUUUCUUCAAAGAUAGUAAAACUUUCAUUUCUUCGAUGGAUUCCUACUACAAAUUUAGCUUGGAGAUCCCAAGAUACAUUAUCGCUUUAAGCUCUGAAUGGCUAGCUGCUGAAGAUGUACAAUUAUUCCAGCACCUGGCCAAGUCCUUAUAUACCAAUGAGGAAAGAAGCAAUCACUCACCUACACCUGAGCAUUCUGGGAGGAAUACCAAUGAAUCUUCCUCUGGACCUGAAUCAGUCAAACAGACACCAAUCGAUAACGUGUGGAUUAACAUUGUCGUUCCUGAAUACGGGGAGUCAUCAGAACCAGGCGCUACAGACACCGUCUUUCAUUCAGGAUGGAGUAGGGUGCAUGAACAGGAUGUUGAGGUCGAUGAUGACGGCCAGCAGGUUGUUUUUGCUGACAUGAGAGAGAAGUUUGGGAAGGCGAGAAGUGACAUGGAAAGUCUUUCAGUGACUAAAAUGAGAGAGUACACAGGAAUUGUGGCAUCUAAACUGGACAAGAUUGCAGAUGAACUCCCUGUUGGAGGUUAUCUCCUUGAUGUUGUUUGGCUCAUGCCCACCAGUACUGACUUUCCCAUCCUGGAACGUCCAGACGCCUUUCUCUUCUCUGUGCUGCGACGCCUUGAGGUGUGGCACCACGCCCGCAUCAACAUCAUGCUAGGGAAGGGUAUGGAGGGGCAAGAGCACCCUUCCCUGACCCAUUGGAAGACAUUCAUAGAGAGCAAGGUGGUGGAGUUGAGGUCGUCAGAUGGCAAGGAUGCCAACGUGGAUGACAUCUUGUCAGAAUCGGGCUCUCUGGCUUGGCAAGGCCAGGUCAAAUACAUAUCAAGUCGAGGUACAGCCUUUCCUCCAUGGCCAGGGUUCAGUCUACAUCGUCUUGCUGAUGACAGCCAUAGAUCAGAGCCUUUCAUUGAGAUUCUUAAUCCUAGUGCUAAUCCUCAGCAAGACGUCACUGGAAGCCAGCCAUCGAUGGAUGAUUCUUUUGUCUCAUUAUCAAAUCAUGAGUUAAAGUCUAAGUAUGUUGUGAAUGAAACACUUGAGUUCAUCCAUCUUGCCAAUCUACAUGAGAUCCCAUCCUGGUUUAUCCUACCUGGAAAGUUUGAACUACGCCUGAAAGAUAAAGAAAAACGGCAGCGCUUCUCCCGGUCUAAGUUCUGGAUGCAGUACCUGACCCAUCGAUUGCCUGGUGAUGGUCAAGGUGCUAUAUGUCAGUUAAGCUGUCUUGAAGUAGAAGGUCCUGUUCCAGAGGCUCAGAAUGCUGGACUAAGUACCCAGAUUUGGACCAAUGGCAUCACAAACAACCCUCUAAAUCCUACUGUUCCCAAUGUGCAAUUGAAAGGUACUCGGCAUACAUUCUUCUUUCUGGUCCACGGGGAUAGGAGGGGAAGGUGUAUUGCUUUGCCUCUUGUCUCCCCAUUUAUGUUGAAUGGAGCAGCCCAUGCUUUAUUAGCUUGUCAUGAAGAAGAGGAACGUUCCAGUGACGCUGAAGAAGAAGAUCAAUCAGCCAGGGAGGUACUUGAUUCCCUUCCAACCGUCAGUGGUCGUCGGCUUCGUGAGGAGGAGGAAGAACUGGCCAAGAUGCAAAUCAAAGCCCUGGCAAUGGUUAUUGAGAAAAUCCGCUCUGAAGGUCUUGAGAUCAACGUGACACCAUCUCUCCUCAUCUUCCUCUUCAACUACAUGAGGAAGGUGUUCUAUGAAGGUUACAGUAUUGAUGAGAACAGAUCCAGCCCAGCAAGUCAAAGACCAUCAACGGACACUCCAGAACAAAGACCGCCCCCUGAGGCAGAAAGUAGAAAUGAACAGGAAGCAAUGGAUGUUGAGAGGAGAGAUGAGAGUGGUGUGGCAGAAGCUGAGAAUGCAAGUGAGCCUAGACCAGCUAGGAUAGACCUGAGGACCUUACCAACAGAAUUAACACAGAGCCCCUCCCAAUGGGUUGAGAGACAGGCCUUGCAGAACCGGGAAUCGAUUGCCAAUCGCUUAAGAAGAAUCCGAUCAGAGGAUCUAACCUUAGCAGGAUUUGCUGUACCAUCCACAGACAGCAACACAAUCACCUUGAGUGCCAAAGAGUUCCGUAGUCAUUUCAAACCCAACGGUCAGCCCAAGCGGGAUGACCUGGUCAUUGUCCCACCCUCUGGUGUCAGGCAUAGUCCAAGGACGAGGUCAUCGGUAGCUGGUCAUCAUAACAACGGACCAACAGUCCAGGAACUGAUGCAGACAGAGUUCUCAGAUUCACUUAAACUCAAGUACCAUGGUAUCAAUUACUGCAAAGAGAAACCUGAUUCUCAGAGCAUAGACCAGAAGAUGAUGCGUCUUCAGCAGCGAUGUAUCCGUCAAGAGAUGUCUUGUACGUUCACCUCUCAUCAUCAUUCUACUCUGGCUAUCAAGACCAAGAGGAAACACUCAGACUCACCAAGCACACAACAGUCAAAGACAAGAAAGCUCUCUCCAUCUGCCAAAAAGAAGUCCUCCCAAAGCACUCCUAAGAAAAGAAUCAUGCCUGGUAGGACAGCUAAAACACCUCAGAAGGUUGUGGGUUCAACACCUAAGAAGGGCGCAUCCACACCCAGGUCAAGAAAGAAAAGGGCUAGGAUAUCAACCUCAGGGGGGCUUACUCCAAAGAGACUUAGGCGGUCCACCCCUGUCAAAUCGACCAAACCUGAGGAGAUGACCUCUCCUCGGCGGUCAGCCAGGAAGCUUGCGAAGGAUCACCAUCCUGCCACCAUCACCACCUCCUUCACCUCUCCAUCUACCUCCACCACCCAUCAACCCUCAUCAUCAUCAUCAACACCAUCUAAGAGAACUCAGAAGCAUGCCAAAGAUACUGUCAAGAGCGCGGAGUCCAAGAAAGCAAGGACGUCUUCUGUGUCGAGAUCAGAGAAGCAUAAAAUGAAAUUACGUUCCAUUGUUGAGCAGACUCUAGCAGCCAAGGGGAUUGAUUCUAGUCAUGUGUGCUAUAAACCUUGUGUUACAAGACUAUAUACACAAACUAAGAUGUUUGUAAAGGAUCUGAAGUCAUCAAAGGGUCUGUAUGAUGAGAUGAGGAAGGUUGCUGAAGCCAAUGCUGACUUUGUAAUCACCUUUGAACAGAAUAGAGUAGCCACAAAAUCAUGAUCAUUGUCCUUUACACAGAUCAAGUAGUACAUUGUUAUAGUUUUUUUCUUUGAGAGAGAAAGAUGCAACAAGAAAUAGGUUCCUUUGUGUGUUCAAAAUCUUUUAGGUGAGCAUUUCACGAUGGUAUUCGGUAGAUAUUUCAGAGGGUGUAUAUAGAGAAGGUUGUAAUCCAGAUUUGAAUUAAAGUCAAUCAAAGAUUGAUAGAACAUCUCAUUAACUCUUCACUGUCAUAUUUCCUGCACCUCUAUCAUAAUGCAUGACUCCUCCAAUUAGGCGUUGAAGACAAAUUGUACAAGCUCCAUUUUAUUCCAAGUUUUGACAAGUAAGACUACAAUAAAACUUUCACUGAGGCUUGCUUCAGCCGAGUAUUGUAUUUGACCAUGGACCAAUAAUAUUCUUCAAUAAUAUUCUUAUAUAUUAACCUUCUAAAUUUGGAAAAUCUUUAUUCCUGCAUGGUUUAAGCUACCGAAACUCUGAUAUCUGACUGGCAGACAGUAUUUCUGUGAAGAAAAUAGUGAUACUGACAGUGCUAAUCACAUUCCUAUCAACUAUCAUUAUUAAAAUGGACAGUCUUUUGGUGAAAGAGAGCCACUUCAACCAGUGUCCAUAUUUUUGUUGAAAUUUAGAUUUUAGCAAACUACCUGUAUACCCUAAUCAAUUAUUGGAUGCUUUGUUAAUCUUUUAA